CCAAUCUCUCUCUUGUUCCUCGAUAGCUCCUUCCCCGCAAACCCUAAAAUCACACGGCGCCAACUCAUCCCCGGUCCCAUUUCGUAUCGCGCUUUCGCCCACGAUACCGGGACUUGAAUCAGCUGGAGACUGGUUUCCAAUUUUGUUUUCGCCUGGAAAAAAAUUCGGUGUAUUUCAGCGAUGGGUCUGAUCAGGAAGGCAGGAGGCGUGGCGCCUCUGAAGAAACGCGCGAGGACGACGGAUACAGAUGAGAAACGAACGAUUCCGGAAUCGAAAUCGAUAGCUGCUGCAUCGGCUUCACUCGCCGCGAUAUGGAGGUCAUACGAGCGUACCGAGGGCAGGUUGGAAGCCUUGUCCCGCAGUCUGGGCUACGUAUGCCCAAUCGGGCCAUUCAGACGGGCGGUGGUUUAUCCAUCUCCGGCCGCGCUAGUGGCUACGCAUGAUUCCGUGUCGGAAAUGGAGAGGGCUUUGGAGCACAUGGAGAGGAGAUUGGAAGCCUUGUGCCGCAUCAAUGGCUGCGCACGCCCAGUGGCGCCCAGGGGUUAGUUGCUUUUCACGAGGUAGUUUUCCUUCUCUUUUACUUUCAGCUGUAGUGUAUAGGGAUUGUUAGUUGUUGUUGAAUGUCUAGAUGAUCUUAAGAUUGGAAUGUGAGACAUUGUAGAUUUAGGGGUGGAUGCAAUAUGAGAAUGAAUGCUUGAAAGUAUAGCCAUUUGUGUUUGAUGGUUGCAUGAAUUGUGGGAUCGAUAGUGAGCUGUUUUCGAACUCAAGAGAAUAGUAGCAGCCUAAUGUGAGAUUUUGAGCCAAAAGAUUUGAUGAUGUCUUGUUCUGUGCCGUGCUGGUUUGGUUUGCCUUGUAAACUAGAACUUGCAUGAUACUGUCUCAAGAUGGUAAUUUUAAGAGAAUGUUGAUCGAUUUUAAUGGAUGGACAUAAACAGCAGCAGAAUAAUGUGGGGCGGUAUUGCUUGCAUUGUAAGUCCAGAACUUGCAUGAUUCUAUACCUGAAGUAGUAAUAGGCAGUUAAAGCUGAUAGGGGCAAUUAGGAUCACCAUGUAACUAUAUGGUAUGGCUGUUAUCCCCUUUUGAGCCUUAAACUUUCUUCCGAAUUCAUCACAUUCAACUACAUACCCCGUAAGUGUAUUGACCAUUCGGAAUCUAUCUUCACAAGCAUGUAGUUUUAGGUCGAUUAAUUUGAUCAAUCAUUAAGGUUAGAGUUGCCGUGCAUCUUUAUUAUUUGUUAAUUUGACAUGCUGCUGAAGGUUUAUUGAGAUAAUGAUAGUGGUAACAACAACAGAGAAGUCAGCUUUCAUGUAGUGCAGUGGCUGCUACUGUUGCAGUUGUAUCCUCUGCCCAGUGCCCCCUGCAUUCCUGGCAAUUGUGGAAGUUUAGAGGAGGAAGGACAAAAGGCUGGGGAAGGCUCAUAUCUUCUGGGGAAGAUUGGAAAGGGGACAAGAAGAAACUUUCUUUUCUCCUUUAUUUCCUGUAAGAUAGCUGUUUAAUAUAGAUAAAUUAUGUUCCCUUGGAUGAUAAACUAAAUCUCAAUUUUCUAGGACUUUGGGCAAUGUAGCAACGGAUAGGUCUAUCUAUGCUCUGUUUUCCUAUUUAUGUGUAGAAUUCAUAAUGCUUUGCGUUGAUUGACCACUUUCACAUCAAAAUUGCAGUUUUCUUGGCUAAUACAUCGAGAGAAAUCCCGGUAACUGAGCACCCUUACAAUUGUCACAAUUGUCGACCCAAGUGAGAGUGAAGUGAGGAAGUUAGUUAAUUCGACCUUUACACGGUUAGUUCUCUCAUUAAUGGUAGUAUGGAAGUAGAGGGUAUAUUCGUUCUGAGUUGGAAGUUACUGCUUUUCACCUGAAUGAAGUGGUGUCGUCUCUAGCCAUCGUCAUUGCACAGCAGAGUGUCUCUGCUCUUAUUCAAUUUGCAAGGAAGGGGUGAGUAUGUGUACAGCAAAGCUCGAAAAGAAAGGCGUAGUAUGUAUACAGUAAGCUUGAGGCUUGACGAGAAACCAUAGGGACAAGAAUCAUAAAGGUUAGCAAAAUCAUGGACGAAAGUUAAGAUCAUGAUCUUGCUGUAUUAACUCCCCUAGAAGCAGCACUGAAGGAGAAGAAACUAGCCACAAUAUCAAAAGGUAUACGUGUUACAAGUUGGAAAUUUUACUGCUUUUCACCUGAGUUUAAGUGGUUUCGUCUCGAGCCAUUCCCAUGGCAAAACAGAGUCUGCUCAUAUCGGAUGUCCGCGAAGGGACAGAGUCUGCUCAUAUCAAUUUGCAAUAAAGGCGUGAUAUGUGU